ACUCACUCCCCCUCGGGUUCGGUUUCCAUCUCUACUCUACCUUACCUCCUACCUACAUUCAUACACAUAUCCAACCGGGAAUAAUAAUCAUCGAUAUCACCCUAACGACAAGAAUAAACCCACCGAACCCACCUAAUCCCACGACCAAACCAAAUACCCCCAGCAAGAAAUGUCCGUCUAACCCAACACCACCCACAACCACGAACCACACCUUAACCCACCUCCACCCUCCCCCCAAAACCCAACCCAAAUCCAAAAAAAGAACAUGGACGCCCAAGCCUACCUCCUCCGCCACGGCUGGUCCGGCCCAGGAAAUCCCCUAAACCCCAACGCCCGACCCGGCGCCACCUCAGGCCUAGGACUCACGCGCCCGAUCCUCGUGGCACGCCGGAAGGGCAACGCGGGCGUUGGCAACAAAACGACCAAGGACCCGACGAAUCAGUGGUGGUUGCGCGGGUUCGAGGAUGCGCUGAAGGGCGUGGGCGCGGAGAAUAAUAACCAGGCGGCGGGGGGAUCGUCGCGGACGCCGAAUGCCUUGACUAGUGAGCUUUAUCGGUUUUUUGUUAGGGGGGAGGUCGUUCCGGGUUCUUUUGGGGAGAAAUCUAAGGUUGGGGUUGAGGGGGUGAAGGAUGGGAAGAAGAAGAGGAAAGAGGAGGAGACUAAAGAGGAGAGGAAGGCUAGGAAGGAGGAGCGCAAAUUGCGCAAGGAAGCGAGACGUCUGAAGCGCGAGGAGAAGCUGAAGCGCAAGGCUGAACGAGAGGCGCGCAGGGCCGCCCGGAAGAUCAAGCGCGAGAAGAAGGCUGCUGCGAAGUUGGUGUCCAGGAAGGAGGAGGAGGAUGCGCCGCGUCCUCAGUAUGAAUGCGAUUAUCCUACGCCGCCCAUGACGGAGGGCGAGCAGGAGCAGGAGCUGAAGCAGACGGAGUCGAAGCCCAGUAAAGAUCGGACGGAGAAGAAGCGGAAGGAGAAGAAGGACAAGACCACAUCGAAAGACUCUAAGAAGAGGAAAUCACGCGAGACAUCAACGGAGGACGGCGCGAAAAAGUCCAAAAAGUCGAAGACGACCUUUGAAUGAAUUCGGAUCUUUAUAGAUUAGACGUGCAGAUAGAUACCCAUGGCUUGUUGCUUG